CUGCAGCUCUUCAUGUGGCUGCCCGUGAGGGUCAGAGUGAGAUCCUCCAGACUCUCCUUGCUGCUGGAGCUAGUGUGGAAGCAAAGGACAGAGCUGGCAUGACUCCACUGGCCAUGGCUGCUGAAGCAGGUCAGUCCUUCAUCAUGGAAGAACUCUUGCUUGCAAAUGCAGAUCCAGAAGUGAUGGAUUCCCUUGGUCAGAAUGUCCUGCAUCAUGCUGUCACCUCAGGGAAAGCUUCUUGUGUGACACUACUGUUGCGUCAUGGAACAAAUGUGAACACCCGAACUCAUGAAAACUGCACAGCCCUUCACUUGGCUGCAGCAGCUGGUCAUGAAGAGAUUGCCAGCCUUCUAAUUUCUGCUGGAACAACAGUGGAUUCUCGAGACUCCAGAGGUCUGACUCCAUUGCAUCUGGCUGCUAUGGAAGGUCACAUCAAGGUCAUUGUCACCCUCAUCCUCUUCCAUGGUGCUCCAAUCAACACCCUUGGAUUCUCAUAUAUGUUUCCUAGGCCAACUCCGUUGGAUCUGGCCAUUGCUGAGAACCAGGCAGAAAGCCGACACGUACUGCUUCAGCUUGGUGGGAAAACUGGAGCAGAAGUUGCUCUCACAGCUGCCUGCAUCAUACAAAAAUGUUAUCGUGCACGAAGGAAGCGGGGAAAGGCUUUUCAUUGGUACAUCAUGCUUGCAAAGCUGAAAGGUCUUCGGGCCCCUCCACCUCAAUCUUCGUAUUCCCCCAUGCCUGUGCCUGGUGCCCAUUCCCCUCGAAGUCCAGCUGCACCAUUGGUACCUGUAUCACCAAAAAGAGGCUGGAUGAGCCAAGGUAAUGAGGACAAGACAAAAAAGAAGCCAGAUCAUCUCAUGCCACCGGGUCUCCUUCAACCUCCUCUGCCUAUUCAAAUGCCACGAGCUUCCUCCACCAGCCAGCUUCAGGAUCUCCUCUCCAAUCUCUCUGAAGGAGAAGGAGGAAAAGGAGACUGCAAGAACGAAGGAGGAGGGGAUGUGCCUGAAAACUACAAUCCAUGGCCAUACUACUCAUUCACGGGGAAGCUGAGGCCUUGGCCGGUGACCCCAGGUCGAGUUGUCUCGGAUCAUAUUCCACGACCAGACUAUGCAGAUCACCCACAGGGACAUUCUCUCUCAGAGCAGAGUCUGCGAGGGAACACUGUGAUCAAGGUCCUCACUGAUGAGGAGCAGGAGGGCUUACGGGUUGCCUGCAAGUUGGGGCGUGAAGUGCUGGAUGAAGCAGCUCAGGUGGUAGACUUGGGGGUGACAACAGAUGAGAUAGACCGCAUUGUUCAUGAAGCCACUAUUGAUCGAGAGUGUUACCCAUCCCCACUCAACUACUACAAUUUUCCCAAGUCAUGCUGCACAUCAGUCAAUGAAGUCAUCUGCCAUGGAAUACCUGAUAGCAGGCCACUCAGAGAUGGAGACAUCAUGAAUGUUGAUGUGACGGUGUAUCACCGGGGAUUUCACGGAGAUCUGAAUGAAACAUUCUUGAUUGGGAAUGUCAGUGAUACAGCCAAGCGACUCGUAAAGACCACAUGGGAGUGCCUUCAAAAUGCUAUUGCUAUGGUGCGUCCUGGGGUACGCUACAGAGAGGUGGGGAAUGUGAUUCAGAAGCAUGCACAAUCAGAAGGUUUCUCUGUGGUGCGCAGCUACUGUGGGCAUGGUAUCCACAGACUCUUCCACACUGCUCCCAAUGUUCCUCAUUAUGCCAAGAACAAGGCAAUUGGGGUGAUGAAGCCAGGCCAUGUCUUCACCAUUGAGCCUAUGAUUUCUGAAGGGCUGUCACGA